GGUUGCAGUGGUGGGACACUGCCAGCCAAAAAUAACCAUGGGUCGCUGGGGUGGCAGGAAUCCGGGAGGGCAGCCGCUGACCUGGCUGGCUGCUCUUCUUGUCAGCCCGGUUCUCCAGCCAGGAACAGCAUAUGAGAAGCCAGCUAGGCCUGUGCUCAGAAAAAAGCUGGCAUUCUUAGCGUGGUUUCAUUGGUCACAUUGCCUUUUUCUUCAUUGUGCAGAGCCUUCCAAAGCAUAAUUGUGGCCCUUAAGUUUUAAAAAGCCCCUCUGCUGAGAUCUCAGGAAAUCAGAGGGAAUUUAUGAGAAAUGGGCCCCAGAGCCCUGGCUGGGAUGAUGACGUGGGACACCUGGUAUUUCCCAUAUUUCACCUGCUCAGGAUGAGUUAGUUGCAAGGGAGGUGAUCUCCAUUACUACCCUAUAUGUGGUACUUCAUGACCACCACACUUGGCCGCCUUUGCCAGUCUGGGAGGUAUUAUCUUCAUUUUCUAGGCAUGGCAACCGAGGUCUAAAGUGUGUAAAUAAGGCCACGGGGCCAAUAAGUGGCAGCACCAGGAUUGAGUUCAGGUUUCUGCCAAAACUUCCUAUUGGGUCUCUUGGAAAGGAUUAUAAAUUAAGGCAUUCAUCAUAACCCUGAGUGUUACCUGGAACCUUCUCAGGGUUGAUGAAAGGCUGUCUCCUUGUGGCCCAAACCUGUGCUAGGCUUUUGACUUUAUAGGGAAGACAUACUUAAUUCUUACAGAACCUGGAAGAGGUCAUUGUUCCCUUGUUUGAAAGAGGCGUUGAAGUUCAGCGUGGUUUAAUAACUUGCCCAAAGGCAAACAGUGAAGUGGUAGGGCCGUGGAUUAGGUUGGCAAUGGACUCUGAAGCUGUGACUUUCCACUCAAAUAGACACAUGGUCAUAAAAAUUUUCUAGGUCCCAGAAGGAAAGCUUUGGCCUGGUGUAUAUUAGACCACAUCAUCACAUCCUCCAGAUAGUCUUUGUCUGGUGAGGAUGGGCAGGACCAUACUUGCCUGGUGGGAAGAUAUGUGCCCUGGCUAGUAGAAUGUCUUUUGGGUCAAUUAGUGAGACUUGAGAUACUGCUUUCAGGCCAUAGCUUGAGCAUCUGCCAUAAGAUAAUUGGGGAAAAAACAAAAACAGAAACAUUAUUCAGAUGAUUGUGAAAACAACAAAUCUACUGAUUUUAUGUAGUGUUUAUCUCCAAGGGUUUCUGGGUGGCCCAGACUUUUCAGAUGGAAGGUUGCUAGUGGGGAGAUCGAAGGCAGUGCCUUACUUAGGGUCCCCAGAGACUCCCAGAGGUUUAGAUGAAUUGGCCUCCUUAUCCUGCUCAUAUGCAAGUAGCUGUUUCAUUUUUGGAUUAUGCUGGUGAGAUGGAGCAGCCUUGAUGGAGUUGUUUAAAAGGUCGUUGGCCAGGCAAGCCUAGGACUGCAAGACUAGAGAGGUUGGGUGUGAGCAGUUGCCACUUUGGAAAGCAAACAAGCAGUUGGUCUCGCCUGGCCAUCUGGUGGAGAAAGUGUGAAGGGGCAGGACAUGAGGGAAACCGGUACCAGCCUCAUGUAGCCAUCGUCCUCAACUGGUUGCUGAUACAGUUUAGGAGUCUCCUGUAUUGGAUAGACGUCCUAUGGCUAGGGAUAGUGAGUGGGAAGCCUACCUACUAAGUGUAGACCUGCAGCCACCUCUUCUUGGCACCUCCAGAGAUAGACACAGGAAACAGUAUUGAUCAGGGAGCUUAGAUAGGGUGGCUGGCAGUGAUGCUGUUGCUGAAAGGUGGAACAUCUGGUGUGAGACCAUUGAUAUGUGCCUCAGACAAGCAGCUUAGACUCUCUGAGGAUUGUGGCACCUUCCUGGGCUGAGACUGGAUGGACCAGCAAGGACCCAUGCCCACUUGGCUAGACCCUAGGAGAUGCAUCACUGUAAGCGAUACCGUUCCCCAGAGCCAGACCCAUACCUGAGCUACCGCUGGAAGAGGAGGCGGUCUUACAGUCGGGAGCAUGAAGGCCGACUACGGUACCCAUCCCGAAGGGAGCCUCCUCCAAGGAGAUCACGGUCCAGAAGCCAUGACCGCCUACCCUACCAGCAGAGAUACCGGGAACACCGUGACAGCGAUACAUAUCGGUGUGAAGAGCGGAGCCCAUCCUUUGGAGAGGACUGCUAUGGGUCUUCCCGUUCUCGACAUCGGAGACGGUCCCGAGAGAGGGGCCCAUACCGUGCCCGCAAGCAUGCCCACCACUGUCACAAACGUCGUACCAGGUCUUGUAGCAGCGGCUCCUCGAGAAGCCAACAGAGCAGUAAGCGCAGCAGCCGGAGUGUGGAAGAUGACAAGGAGGGCCACCUGGUGUGCCGGAUCGGCGAUUGGCUCCAAGAGCGAUAUGAGAUCGUGGGGAACUUGGGCGAAGGCACCUUUGGCAAGGUGGUGGAGUGCUUGGACCAUGCCAGAGGGAAGUCACAGGUUGCCCUGAAGAUCAUCCGUAAUGUGGGCAAGUACCGGGAGGCUGCCCGUCUAGAAAUUAAUGUUCUCAAGAAAAUCAAGGAGAAGGACAAAGAGAAUAAGUUCCUGUGUGUCCUGAUGUCUGACUGGUUCAACUUCCAUGGUCAUAUGUGCAUCGCCUUUGAGCUCCUGGGCAAGAACACCUUUGAGUUCCUGAAGGAGAACAACUUCCAGCCUUACCCCCUACCACAUGUCCGGCACAUGGCCUACCAACUCUGCCAUGCCCUUAGAUUUCUACAUGAGAACCAGCUGACCCACACAGACUUGAAGCCAGAGAACAUCUUGUUUGUGAAUUCUGAGUUUGAAACCCUCUACAAUGAGCACAAGAGCUGCGAGGAGAAGUCAGUGAAGAACACCAGCAUCCGAGUGGCAGACUUUGGCAGUGCCACAUUUGACCACGAACAUCAUACCACCAUUGUGGCCACCCGUCACUAUCGCCCACCUGAGGUGAUCCUUGAGCUGGGCUGGGCACAGCCCUGUGAUGUCUGGAGUAUUGGCUGCAUUCUCUUCGAGUACUACCGUGGCUUUACACUCUUCCAGACCCAUGAAAACAGAGAACACUUGGUUAUGAUGGAGAAGAUCCUAGGGCCCAUCCCAUCACACAUGAUCCACCGUACCAGGAAGCAGAAAUAUUUCUACAAAGGGGGCCUGGUUUGGGAUGAGAACAGCUCUGAUGGGCGGUAUGUGAAGGAGAACUGCAAACCUCUGAAGAGUUACAUGCUCCAGGACUCCCUGGAGCAUGUGCAGCUGUUUGACCUGAUGAGGAGGAUGUUAGAGUUCGACCCUGCUCAGCGCAUCACACUGGCAGAAGCCUUGCUGCAUCCCUUCUUUGCUGGCCUGACCCCUGAGGAGCGGUCCUUCCACAGCAGCCGUAACCCCAGCAGAUGACAGGUGCAGGCCAGCACACGAGGAGCUGGAGAGCUGGACUGGGCUGCUGGCCCCUUUUCUCCAGCCUCUCCCACUGGCCUCAGAGCCAGAGCCACCAAUGAACAGUGCAAUGUGAAGGAAGGCAGGAGCCUGCAAGGGACGGGGGGGUGUGGUGCCCAGCUGCCAGAAAGCACAGAUUGGACCCAAGCUAUUUAUAUGUUGUAAAGUUAUAAUAAAGUGUUUCUUACUGUUUGUAACCCCCUGGUA